AUGAUUUUAAACUUUUACGAUCGCGGAUUUAAAACAAAAAUUAAAUUUUUAAUAAAUUUCCUUGUCACAGCGAGAGCUAUGAAAAAAGAUAGAAAGUUUCUUUUGGUGAGUAUUAUUGUUUGGUUUAUACACCUUUGA